AGAAAGAAAGAAAGAAAGAAAGAAAGAAAGAAAGAAAGAAAGAAAGAAAGAAAGAAAGAAAGCGAGAGACAGAAGAGGAAAGAAAGAAAGCGAGAGACAGAAGAGGAAAGAAAGAAAGAAAGCGAGAGACAGAAGAGGAAAGAAAGAAAGAAAGAAAGAAAGAAAGAAAGAAAGAAAGAAAGAAAGAAAGAAAGAAAGCGAGAGACAGAAGAGGAAAGAAAGAAAGCGAGAGACAGAAGAGGAAAGAAAGAAAGAAAGCGAGAGACAGAAGAGGAAAGAAAGAAAGAAAGAGAGACAGACAGAAGAGGAAAGAAAGAAAGAAAGAGACAGAAGAGAGAGAGAGAAAGAAAGAAAGAAAGAGAGAGAGAGAAGAGGAAAGAAAGA